AUGCAUAAACGCCGUUUUAAAAGUCUCAGCGACAAUGCAUGAUGUUAUCCAGCCCUCAUGUUUCUACAUGGCAGCGCAGUUUCACUUGUCACAGCGAGAGAGAGAAAGCGGAUGCGCCUCAGACUGAUCUGAUGAGUGUCAGUAGAUUCAGUCUAUGUGCGAUCAUAUUAGAGGUGUGAGACACAAGCUCGAGCUCGGAGUGUGGAAACCUCGCAUCAGCGCUUUGAAAUGGGGAGCCGGGGGGUGGGCUGGGGGGUUAUAUCGUAAAUUAAAAGAAAUACGCGUCGGAAAGAAACCCCUAAAGCUUAAAAUGUUCUCUAAAAGGACAAGGGAACUGAUAAAGACGCACUCGAUGUCAAAGAAGAGCCGAACAGGAAGCAGUCCAUCGCCUCUCAACUCUCCAUCACUCUCUGCUCUUCAAGAACAGCCUCGGAAAGAUGCAGUCGAUGCCGUCACCUCUUCGUCCCAUACUUCCUCCAGUCUGUCUCCCCCUGUCCUAGAAGUCCCGUCUUCCUGUCCAGGUACCCCUUUGGCCCAGCACACUAAGCUGGUUGGCAGUCCGUCCCCAAUGGGCACCCUAAAGCGGCCGACUUCCCUGAGUCGUAAUCAAAGCGCCGCAGGCUUCCCGAUACAGUCUUGGGUCUUCAGUAAGGGUGCAGGAAAAUCCGUCAUCGCGCAGAGUCCCUCGCCGGAGACACCCGAGACUACAGUGGCUAUCGAGGUGGAAGACAUCCCGUCGUUGUUGCGCAUAGUGGAGCGGUUUGCCAAAGCGGUGGAGAAACUGAAAGAUGUUGUGCUUGAAGACAAACAGGAGAACCGGCGUCCAUUGGCCCAUGAGUGUUUGGGGGAAGUUCUGCGCAUCCUGCGGCAGGUCAUCAGCAUGUACCCUCUCCUCAACACGGUGGAGACGCUCACCGCUGCCGGCAAACUCAUCUCGCAGGUCAAAGGAUACCACUAUGAAGUGUGCAAUGAAGCAGACAAGAAAGAUUUUGAGAAGGCCAUCGAGACCAUAGCUGUAGCCUUUAGCAGCAAUGUGUCUGAGCUGCUGAUGGGAGAGGUGGACAGCAGCACGCUGUUGUCAGUGUUGCCGUCUGAGAAGAGCAGGUCUAUGGAGAACCUCUCGGGUCAUGAGUCUUCACACACAUGGAGUGAUUCAUCUGAGCUGGCGAUGAGCGCUGAAGAGGUGGACAUUAUCCUGCAGCGCAGUGAAGGAGGAGUGGACUCGGCUCUGACGUACGCUAAAACCAUCUCCAAAUACAUCAAGGAUAUGAUCGGCUACAUUGAGAGGAAGCUUGCAUUAGAGCUGGAGUUCUCCAAGGGCUUACAAAGGAUCUAUCAGACUUGUAAACAGACCAUCACACAGCCACACAUGCCCUUCUUCUCCAUCUACUCUCUGGCUCUGGAGCAGGACCUGGAGCAGAGCUCUGGGAUGCAUCAGGCGGCCUCCACCCUACAGAACCAGACCUUCAUCAUGCCUCUGCUGCUCCGCAAACAAGAGCAUGAGAAGAAGCGCAAGGAGAUCAAGGAACAGUGGCUGAAGGCCAAGAGAAAACUGAUGGAGUGUGAGGCCAACCUGCGCAGGGCCAAGCAGGUUUACAUGACCCGCUGCGAGGAGUACGACAAGGCCAGGAUGGCGGCUAACAGGGCCGAGGAGGAGGGCGGCAGUUCUACCACCAAAACAGUAGACAAGAAGAAACGGCUGGAGGAAGAGGCCCGCAACAAGGCUGAGGAGGCCGAGGCCACGUACCGGACAUGUAUCGCAGAUGCCACCACACAACACCAGGAGCUGGAGCACAUGAAGGUCACCGUCCUGCGGCAGAUCCAGGAGGUCAUCAAACAGAGUGACCAGACCAUCCGCUCGGCCACCAUUUCCUACUACCAGAUCAUGCACAUGCAGACGGUAGUGCUGCCGGUGCACUAUCAGACGCUGUGUGAGAGCAGUAAACUGUACGACCCGGGACAGCAGUACGCCACGCACGUCAAAGACCUUCAGAUGAGCGAAGAGCCCGAGACGCAUUACGAGUUUGAGGCCUACUCUGCCUCCUCCAGCCACCCGUCAGUCAGAGCUCGUGCUGACAGCGCUAACACUGAUGCUCACAGCAGUGCUGAAGCACCGCCCACCGCUGGAGAAACCGGAGAUACCAAAGAUGAACAGAAGAGAGCUCGAGGUUACAUGACCCACAAAUCCUGGGGCUCCACAGUGAGCGACACAGACAGUGUGGGAGGAGGAAGUGGCCUGGGAUCCCCAACUACCAGCACAGGUGACAUAAGUAAAAUGGCCCGAACGUCAUCGACAGGAACCAUGUCAUCAAACGAAGACCCAGAUGAGAAAGACUCCAAUGUUACUUCCUUUGAAACGCCAAAUUUAAACGGCAUCGAGCCCGAGAUUGUGGUGCCUACCGGGCCGUUCAGGAACGUGGGUCUGUCGAAAGCCGCUCAGACGCACAAACUGCGCAAACUGCGUUCCCCGUCCAAAUGCAGAGAAUGCGACAGCUACGUUUAUUUCCAGGGAGCCGAGUGCGAGGAGUGUUUCCUGGCCUGUCACAAGCGCUGCUUGGAGACUUUGGCCAUUCAGUGCGGCCACAAGAAGCUCCAGGGUCGCCUUCAGCUGUUCGGGCAGGAUUUCUCGCAGGUGUCCGGCAACAGUCCCGACAGCAUCCCCUUCAUCAUCAAGAAGUGCAUCAGCGAGAUCGAGAGAAGAGCGUUGAGAAUGAAGGGUAUUUAUCGCGUGAAUGGGGUGAAGACGCGGGUGGAGAAGCUGUGCCAGGCGUUUGAGAACGGCAAAGAGCUGGUGGAGCUGUCACAGUCCUCACCACACGACAUCAGCAACGUACUGAAGCUUUACCUGCGGCAGCUUCCAGAGCCCAUCAUGCCCUUCCGUCUCUACAAUAGUCUGAUGGGUCUAGCGAAGGAAAGCCUGGCUGUAGUGGGUCCAGAGGGAGCCGAGACGGGCAAAGGGCCUGACCUGGUGGACCUCGGCCCUGAGACGGACCCUGAACUCUUGGCCCUCGUGGACAGACUCAAGAAUCUCCUCAAAGAGCUGCCCAAACCAAAUACCGCCACUCUGCGCUACAUAGCGCGUCACCUGAGAAGGAUUGCAGAACUGGAAGAUGACAAUAAGAUGAGCCCGAGUAAUCUGGGCAUCGUGUUUGGCCCCUCACUGAUGCGGCCCCGGCCCUCAGGGGCCACGGUGUCUCUGUCGUCUCUGGUGGAUUACCCAUAUCAGGCUCGCAUAGUGGAGACCCUCAUUGUGUUUUAUCCCGCCGUUUUCCAUUCGGACUCCAGUCGGCCUGCAUGCGCCAGCACCCCCCGCACACAGUCUCUACAGCAGGAAAGCAGCAUUGAUGGAGAAGAACACUGUUCGAAUGAUGAACGAGGAGUCGCAGAUGAACCCGGCGCUGCAGAGUCCGACAAGUUAGAGGGCCAUGGUAUUACAGACUUUUAUUCCUAA